GUUUCACAUUUUUUUAAUGUAAUUAUGCAAAUAGGUUAAAAUAUAAACGAGUCUUGUUUGCUUCGUUUGCAGAAUUACGUUUCAGAGGAUGGUUUUACAAUAUUUUGUAUUUCCUUUUCCAGGAGCAAUAAGUACAAAUCUAUACCCUAAAAAGCGACAUAUUUCUACGCCGGGAUGUUUGUAUGGAUUAAUCUUCAUGUCGUUUGCAUUUCUUGUUGUCGUUUUGUUGAUUCGCACUUUGUCAGAUUGUGGCUAUGGUAGCUUUCAUACCAAACUCAACACGGGAAAGCAGUGCGCCAGGGAGAAAGACUCAUCGGUCCUUGAUACUAACGCUAAUGUGACGGAAAUGGGAAAACACAAGCUUAAUGUCAAAGAGAGAAUGCAACAUGUGCGAGAAAUUUGCAGUAGACCUUCUACAAAAGUCAACUUACUAUUUAAGGAGAGAGAUGCUAUUUGCUAUUGUGAUAUACCAAAAGGUGCAUCAACUUUCAUUCAUAAAAUACUAGAACAUUACUUCUUUAACCAGGGACACGGUCACGUUACUUCAAAACUGGUAACGAAUGAAUGUAAAGUUUUUACUAACAAAAGCUCACAUAGCCAUACAUAUUCAUUCAUGUUCGUAAAAGAACCGUAUUCAAGAUUAUUUUCCGUAUACGAAACAUAUUUCUUCCUACCAAGUGAUUAUUGGGACCUUAUAGGAUCUGAUGUAAUACACAAAGUUCGCCAGAAUGCAACUUCUACGAGUAAAGCUUUAGGACAUGAUGUUACAUUUGCUGAAUUAGUCAAAUACGUAGUUGUAUUGCAUGAUUUACAUAACCUAACAUACAGAAAUCUAGCUCCAAUAUAUACAUUAUGUAACCCUUGCGACACAACAUACGAUUUCAUUGGGAAAGUAGAAACUUUGUCAGAAAAUUUUGAGAUGUUAGUAAGUGAAUGGAUCAAAAAAGGACUAGUUCAUAAUGACACCGUUCCAGUGAAGGAAGUAGAAUUAGAAGUGAAUUACAGACUUUCUUUGGGUUGGAUUCAAAAGUUGUACAAAAUGUAUAACAAGUAUAAAUCUUCCAUUUCACAUUUUAAACUGCUUCAGAGAUUCUGGUCAAGUUCUCAGAUUAAAGGGAAGAUAUCGAAGUAUUAUGAAAUUCCAUAUUUCAAAGAUGAUUCUGAAGAAAUAGAUAAAGCGACAUUCACAAGAUCAUUUCAAUCGGCAAUGUAUGCAAGUAAAAGUAACAUAGAUGAACUAAAAGCACAGCGCCAAGAAGCACUUGAACAGGCCUAUGGAACAGUUCCGUUUGAAUUAAUGAUCAAAUUGAAGAAAGUGUUAAAGCACGAUUUUCUAAUAUUCGAUUAUGACGAUCAACCGGUCUAUCUUUUUGACAGACCAGUUAAUUCUGAUGUAAACCAAAAGUUCCAUGAUUACUUUCAAGGUCUUUAAUCUACUUGAUAAAACAAUGUACGGUUCUUUCAAGGUAGCUGUUAAGUGUAGUUAAGGCAUGUUAGUACAUAAACAUUCACACAUGUAUGUUGAUUGCCUGUUCUGAAGUGACACUUUGCCAUUAAAACUGAAAAAAUACAAUAGGCAUGAAACACGCUGUGUUUGUUAAACCACUUCAUUGAAAAUGUUACUGUAAAAUGUAUUAAGGCUUCAUGAAAUAUUUGGGAUAAAAAUAAGUAAUUGUAAUUCACAACCUGCAUAAAUGAUACUUCUCCAGACCUCAUGAGCCAACCCUCGUGUUAAACAUGACUGACACUCCUCCGUAUAUAUAAUUAAUGAAAGUAUACUUCAAUAUUUCUGUUAUAUGUAAAAACUUUGUUAAAAAAGUACAAAACAAUUAUGCACUCAAAUACCUAUUCAUAUCCGAAAAUCAAUAAAGAGUGAUUAAUUAGCCUACAAAUCAGUUUACAUAACUGGUUCAGGUUUGAUGUCAUCAUUUUUUCAUCUACACAUAUUUCAUAGUCCUUUUACUUAGAAUUGCAAUUAAAAUACUUCAUAUUAUUGCA